AUGGCCAAUGCCUUACCAAUGACCAAUUGCGCAUACUUGGACAACGGCCUGGCAGCGGAAUUUGUUACUGACUUGUCAAACGGAGGAAGAUUCACAGUAAUAAGUUCAUCGAGAGUACCAUCAAGUGGUUUGAAGGUUCAUUCAGACAAUUUGGCCGUUGAUGGCCCAUUGGCAGUGACUGGCCAAAUGCCCUUCCUUGGCAUAGUUUCCUUGAACGGUGCUGUGCCAGCUGACGGUAUUGGCACAGUGUUGUAUGAAUGUGGGAAUGGUAGAGUUGGUAUUACUGAAGAAGUUGAGGAGAAUGCAUUCAGGAACCUUGGCUUUGGUGUUAGCUGUAAUGGACUUGGUUAUGCAACACCAACGUAUGGUUAUAUAGUUUUGUAA